GCAUGUUCAUCACCACGUCUGACUCGUCACGGAAGUGUUGCUUCCGUCGGUGAAACGUUGCCCGAUGAAGCCACCAAACAUCGUAUUCAGCUUCUGACAGCUCUUAAGAAAGAGGUGAAAGUGAUUAUGGAAGAAGCGGUAACCAAACGACAAAUCGACAUCAACUCUCCAUACGUGACCUCACUAUGUGGUCAGUUACUCCCAUACACAGAGAUGAUUUUGAGCCUUUCUUUUCGUAGUUCGGUUGCAUUGAAAAGCUAUUCUGCUACUGCAAUUUGA